UUGCGCUUGAUAUAUAGGGCUUACAGGGCUAUUAUAGAGAUGAUACCCUAUAAAGCUCUCAAUUGCACUUAUCCUUAUUGUGAUCUCCAUAAAAGAGAGCUAUGACCCCACCAAAAAAUAUAGUAAGCUGAGCACAUCAUCUGUUAUCGCGACAACCACACCCCAUGUUCAGAAAUUAAUCGACAAUUACUCAUUCCUCCAUCAUGGAAUUUCACUCCAUAACAAUCUUCAGGUUCAUUCUAUUGUCCUCUCAAUAUGGCAGAUUCUAUACCUUCAUCUAGCUCUGACGCUGCAUAUAGCUCCGACAACGAUACUGAAGUUACUGAGAGCAGUGCUACUACCUAUGCUUAUCUUGCUGACGAUCCCGUUCAUUUCUCUUAUCGGGAUGGUGAUCUUACAUGGACGGGAGCUGUAGGACUCGAUGGCGGAGUAUCUGGGGGAAAAGUCAAAGGGGAGGAUGUGAUUUGUGUUACUGAGAAUGAGGGAUCAAAUGGUACCUCGCGUUAUACAAUCUUCAGUCUCCUACCGAAAGAUGGAGGGGUUACAAAACUCCCGUUCGAGUUGAAGACAACAUCUGCCACCAACCUCCCCCAAGAAUGUCUCGAAAGUUAUCUGAUUAGGAGUUUGCCAACAUAUCUUCGAUCCGCAGAAACCCAAAUAUAUGUUUUAAUCUCGACAUUGUCCGGGACUGGAUUGGCACCGGACUUUUACGAUGCUGUAUUACAUCAAAUACUCAACUCGAUCGAGUUACCGGAAACAAGCUAUACUUUGAUCAGGACAGAUGAUGCAGAUUCUGUAAAGGCAUUUGCAAGCUCGACAUUAUUGGAUGGUGCAAACAAGGGCACAAAGCAAUCGAUAUUAAUGUUGAGUGGUGAUGGCGGUAUGGUGGAUACCAUAAAUGGACUGCUUGAGAGCGGGGAAAAGUCAAAGUGAGCUUCUCCGCAUGUCCGUACUAUGCUACUCAUUACUAACAAUCUGCGCACAGUUCAUAUGUCAAACCAACACUGUCUCAACUUCCUCUUGGGACAGGAAAUGCCCUAUUCCAUUCUUUGCACCGACCCUCGCCAAUUCCUUCAAUCUAUAUACAAGGCCUAAGGACACUUCUCCAUGGCACACCUUUACCGCUCCCAAUUUUCAGCGUAAAAUUCUCUCCUGGGGCACGGACUAUAACCAAUGAAGGGCAAACUGAGACACCUCUCAAAAAUAAUGUUGUCUAUGGAGCAGUCGUCGCCAGUUAUGGUCUCCAUGCUACUCUUGUUGCCGAUAGUGACACAGUCGAAUAUCGAAAACAUGGAGAUAAGCGGUUUCACCUGGUAGCUGGUGAUUUACUUUUUCCAAAAGAUGGAGCUCUACCACAUGCUUAUAAAGCUUCUGUCACAUUGACAAGAUCAGAUGGCACGGAAGAGCUUAUACAAAGAAGAGAGCACGGAUAUAUUCUCUCAGUAUUAGUAUCCAAGCUUGAGCGAACCUUCACAAUAUCUCCUGCUAGUCAACCUCUGGAUGGUCAGUUAAGGGUAGUGCAUUUUGGAGCGGCAACUGGUAAGCAAACAAUGAAGGUUAUGGAAGAAGCUUAUAAAGAUGGAAAUCAUAUUGGAAUGCAAUGGGAUGAAGAUGGACAGAAAGGCGAGGUUGGAUAUGAGAGUAUUGAAAAGUUAAGAAUAGAUUUUGAAGAAUCCGGAGAAGGUUUCAAAUGGAGGAGAUGUUGUGUUGAUGGUUUGAUUGUAGGUGUUGAAGAGGGUGGUUGGAUGGAAGUCGAAAGAUUAAAAGGUGAAGGUACGGUAGAUGUUGUGGUUGAUUUGUAAGGUUGUUGAUUGAUGGAAAUGAUUAUUAGAUGGUUAGAUUCCUUGUGCGCAAGAUUUAGAUCGUUUAGAAGAUUUUUCGAUUAAAGCGGCUACUUUGGGGUAUCAUAAGUUAUAUGAUUUGUAUUUGCGAUGGUUGGGUGGUUAGUCUCUAGAUUGAAAUAAAGUAUAACUAAUCCAGGGGUUUAAGUUUUGAGUUGUAGUUGUAAGGUUGGUAUAGAUAGGUUCGUAGGUAGGUAGUGGGGUGGAUGGUAGGCUGAUAGAAAAAUAGUGUUGGUAGGUUAGUUGGGAGCUGGGAUGGGUG